UUCACGGAAAAGCUGAGCGGCGGGAUCGGAGGAAGGCCAGAACCCGCGCAGAACUCGCCCGAGACCGUCCGGACCCUGCAGGAGAACCGAGUGCGGGAGAGAAAAGAGGACCGCCGACUUGCAGUGAAGGCUUCGCUACACGUCUCAACAUGCCUCACUCCCAGAAGAAAGCCCAGCAACUGUUGCUGCUGUGCCAAGGAGGCGACGGCGCGACUAAAGAGGGGGAAUCCCUGCUUUGGAAUCCUCACAAGCAAAGUUUCCACGAAGUCUGCAAGAUGUCUUGCGCGGCGGACAGCUGCAUACAGUUCACGCGCCACGCCAGCGACGUUCUGCUCAACCUGAACCGCCUGCGCAGUCGGGACAUUCUCACCGACGUCACCAUCCUGGUCAACCGGCAGCAGUUCCGCGCGCACAAGACGGUGCUCAUGGCUUGCAGUGGGCUGUUCUACACCAUCUUCACCGACUCGCACAAGUGCAACCUUAACGCCAUCAGUCUGGACCCAAAGGUGGACCCGGAAGGCUUCGCUAUCCUGCUAGAAUUCAUGUACACGUCCCGUCUGACACUCAAAGAGAGUCUGAUCGUGGCCAUCAUGAACACUGCCAUCUACCUGCAGAUGGACCAUGUGGUAGACACCUGUCAUAGAUUCAUCAAAUCCAGUGAUCCCACUGCCAAGCUUCCCAGAGAUGAGUUCCUGGUCAGUCCUCUGGUUUUGUCUCAGGACGUCCACGCGUACCGCCCUCAUGACAUGGUUGAAACGUUGCACAGCCGCAUGGCUCCGUUCAGAGAUGCGCGACCCUAUGGCACUAACAUGCUCAACGGAGUCAGCACGCCCAGCAACUACCAUCUCUACGGGCAGUUCCCCAUGCCAGGAUUCCCUUUCCCUCUCUGUAAGCUGACUGAUGCAAAAAACCCAUUUGCUGAUCUCUCACGGAGCGGGAUUCACCACAAGCACCCUCUCGAUGGCGCCUCCAUCAGCAGGGCCGAGUACGCCAGAGCGGUCAGCUCCUCUGCGUCCUCCGGCAUCCUUCACGGUACUAACUUUGCUCCCAGGGAGGUGGGGCGUGACGAAGAGGUGAGGAAAGAAAGCCACGAGGGCAUUGGCCUCCCUGUUGGCCUCAGUGCAAGGAAGCGUGUCUUCCCCGUGUUGACCCUGGAGCACCACAAAGACAAAGACCACGCUCCGCCAUCUGAAGGGGAACUAGUGCAUCAUCACUACCCGCUGGGAAUCUCCUCUGCCGGACGCAAGAGCCUCAUGAGUAGCCCUCAAAGCCCACUCAAAUCGGACUGCCAGCCGAACUCCCCGACAGAGUCCAGCAGCAGCAAGAACGCCGGCCUCUUGCAGGCGGCCUCUGGCGCGCAGGUUCUGCCGGGUACUCAGGACCCUAAAUCUCGCAACUGGAAAAAGUACAAGUUCAUCGUGUUGAACCAGAGUGCCAAAGAGGAAGAGGCCAGUCUGCGGGACCCCGGCUUGUGCUCGCCUCAGCGCCUCGGCCUGCAGUCGUACCUGCAUCCUGGUGACUCUGAGAAUCUCGAGUCACUCACCACGAGAAAGAACGUUGCAGAUCAUCCUGUACCGCAAACCAGCCGGCUGAACAACAUCAUCAGCAGUGCACUGGGUCACGCAGAGGGUCACCCGUCGCGCUACUUGAACCGACUCAACUGCUCGUCCUGCGGCUCACAAUCUCCGCAACACUCGGAAGUCUGCCCGUCCAGGUCGCGACUCUCCGAAGACAUGGCCGAACUUCAUUCUGAAUACUCUGACUCCAGCUGUGAAAACGGCACUUUCUUCUGCAACGAAUGCGACUCCAAGUUCGCCGAAGAGGAGGCGCUGAAGCAGCACACGCUCCAAGUCCACAGCGACAAGCCGUACAAGUGCGACCGCUGCCAGGCCGCCUUCCGCUACAAGGGCAACCUCGCCAGCCACAAGACCGUCCACACCGCUGUCGUGUUUCCAGGAGAGAAACCGUAUCGCUGCAACAUAUGUGGUGCUCAGUUCAACAGACCAGCCAACCUCAAGACUCACACUCGCAUCCACUCAGGAGAAAAGCCAUACAAAUGUGAGACGUGCGGGGCUCGCUUCGUACAGGUUGCCCAUCUCCGCGCCCACGUCCUGAUCCACACGGGCGAGAAGCCAUACCCUUGUGAGAUCUGCGGUACGCGCUUCCGUCACCUGCAGACGCUGAAGAGCCACCUGCGCAUCCACACGGGCGAGAAGCCCUACCAUUGUGAGAAAUGCAACUUGCACUUCCGCCACAAGAGUCAGCUGCGACUGCACCUGCGGCAGAAGCACGGCGCCAUCACCAACACCAAGAUCCAGUACCGCGUGUCGGCCGUCGACAUGCCCGCGGACCUGACCAAGGCCUGUUGAGCGGUCGUGGGGACGGAGGCCAUCUUAAACCCCGCGCCUCCCUUUUGACUUGUACAAUCAUCCAAUCAAACGUUAGUGCCACACUGUGUUCGUUGGACUAAUCAAAUUGGCCGCGGUGUCAAACAUUUGGAGAAAAAACGGGUUUCCACUACAUGUGAACGUAGAGCCGCAGCCGGCGUCUUUUAAGUCACUUUAACGGUUUCUGUCUAAAUAGAUCUAUAUAAAUAUGUAUCUACGUGUUUCUAAGCUUUGAAGGUACGCAUAUAAAGCUUUAUUUUGUCGAAGGAUGGAAUGUAAAAAAAACAAAAAAAAACAAGUGAUUUUUAAGGAGAAAAAAAACAGUAUUUUAUAUCAGAACUUUUCUGAGAAUAUUGACUGACGGGUGGUACGUAUAUUUUAAAACGUGUACAGAGUCCUCUAUACAUUUUUAAGUGGAGUUGUGGAGGAGGAAUUGGCUUUUGUCCAAACAAAGUAAAAAAAAAACAUAUCAGAGAAGCGCUGCUGUCUGACUGCUUAUGCAUGAGCUGCUCCUUGAGGGUGACUGUAUUAUAAACAUUGUGACAUUAUUGUGUAUUUAUACAUGUGGGAUUGUCCUCUGCUGGCGGAGACAAUCGUCGAUGUUGAAUUGCGAUUCGAGGUUUGUUAUGACUGAGAAAAUAUUUUGCUUCUAAUGUAUUUGUAAAGAUGUGUUUUUCCCCCCCAACCCCUUCAAAGUUUACAGUUCUGGUCGUUGUUAUCCUUAGCGUACAGUUGUGUAAUUGUCGGUUUGUACAUACACUGUGGAUUCAAUGUGCCUUUUCUUCAUGGCGACGGAGUUCCUCUUCAGCUCUGUUAAGGUACAACACCACUCGUUACCCCCCUUUUUUGUGUGUAUGAAUGUGUGUACGUGUGUGUGUAUAUUUUUCAAUGCUUGUCACCAACCUGAAAAACAUGCAAAAUACUUCACUGUAAUUCUUCAGGACUUGUUUUUGGAUUUUCUAUCUGAAUUUGAGACUAUUGUACAAUGUUCUUGAUGUAUGAAUGUAAAAUAAAAGUCAUGAUUUCUAUGUA